CGGCCAUCUUACUUAUCAUGGGGUCUUAACAGAUGUAGGCGCUGUUUUGUUCUGAACUGCAAAUUCCAAAUCGAUUGUUUAUCUAACGUUUGUUUACAUUUUUACUUGCCAUCAAAUGGCUUCUACUUUACUAUCACCGAUGGUAGAUUAUUACAAUGAUGAAGAAGAACUUGAUAGUGUGGACGACGACGAUGAUCGAAGCUUCAGGGGAAGAGACUCGGAAGAAGACACAGAAGAUGCCAGUGAAACUGACUUGGCGAAACAUGAUGAGGAUGACUAUGUGGAAAUCAAAGAACAGAUGUACCAAGACAAGCUGGCAUCAUUGAAAAGGCAGUUGACGCAACUCCAAGAGGGAACACUUCAGGAGUACCAGAAGAGAAUGAAGAAGCUCGACCAACAAUACAAGGAGAGAGUCCGCAAUGCUGAUCUCUUUCUCCAACUUGAGACAGAACAGGUGGAGAGGAACUACAUCAAAGAGAAGAAGGCGGCUGUGAAAGAGUUUGACGAUAAGAAGGUGGAGCUGAAGGAAAACUUAAUUGCUGAGCUAGAGGAGAAGAAGAAGAUGAUAGAGAAUGAGAAAUUAACAAUGGAGCUGACAGGCGAUUCCAUGGAGGUGAAACCCAUCAUGACCCGGAAGUUAAGGAGGCGGCCUAACGAUCCCGUCCCCAUUCCAGACAAGCGGAGAAAACCUGCACCUGCUCAGCUGAACUAUUUGCUAACCGAUGACCAGAUCCUGGAAGAUCUGCGAAUACUGAACAAGCAGCUGAAGUCCCCUAAGCGUCCAGUGUCUCCGUCGUCUCCAGACCAAAUGCCCACCAUUCCAAUGGAGGCCCCCUCACAGCGCUAUGAGGCCCGCAUUGAAGAGGGAAAGCUGUACUACGACAAGAGAUGGUAUCAUAAGAGCCAGGCCAUCCACCUGGAGUCCAAGGAGAGCACCAAGAUCAGCUGUGUCAUCAGCUCAGUGGGAACAAAUGAGAUCUGGGUGAGGAAGACCAGCGACAGCACCAAGAUGAGGAUCUACCUGGGACAGCUACAAAGAGGAGCGUUUAUCAUCCGACGACGGUCGGCGGCGUAGAAACAACACCAUGCCCCUUCCCACUCUCUCUUCAUCCAUCCAUUCCUUCUUGUUCCUUUCAUUUUGUACGUGCAGUAUGUUUCUCCCCCCCACCCCCUCAUCAUGUGGCUCCCCCCACCCCCUCAUCAUGUGGCUCCCUCCCUCAUCAUGCCUACUGUGUGCUUGAGGAAGUCUUCUCAAUAACUUCCUGGUGUUUCAAUCAAUCAGGACCACAGGAGGGGAAGAACGAUGCGUUCUGUCAGUGUCUUUUUAGCCAUCACCAAGCACACGUGGAAGCCUUUCUCCUUGCAAGUUAUGGCUCAAAUAGCCCUUUAGGCAGUUGAGUAGACGUGCAAAGACUGGAUAGCCUUGGUAUAGCAAAUGUUGUCACAGCUACAUUAUGCCUUGUCAUAGGCUUAGUGACAUGAUUUCCAUUUUGCUUACGCCAUCCAAUGCUUCCAGAGGCUGAAGGUCUGAAGGUUGGUGUUUUGAUUGGUCUUCCUUUAUAUACCUAACAUGGUUCUGUAAACAGUUUCAGUCAGCUGUGCCACUCAGCAUAAAUCAUAUGUCAUAUCUUUUCUUCAUCUUGACGUUGUCUGCUAUUGUUUCUUUCUGCUUCUGGUCAAUUAACAUUUUUAUAUUUUUUUCAGAAUAUAUUGGAUAGACUUUUAAGGUUUUAAUUUUGUAUCUGUUUUAUUGACAUUAAAAUAGUUCAGUUAAACCGAAAUGUUGAAUACA